CAUCAUAGUUUUGGGGAAACCAGCAGAAAGUUGAAAAGUUGUCGACAUUUACGCUGUUUUUGUAAUCACUGUAAUGAUUAAAUCUAUUUUCUAUAGCGAAUUUCACCCAGUUGCUGGUCCAAAAAUUGUUUACCAGGUACCAGAAGAUUACAUUAGCAAAGAGGAAUUUGAUGCAGUUAGCAUCUAUAUUAUUACAAAACAAGAACUAAAAAAUAGAAUAAUCACAGUAAAUGUUUCUAAGCAUAUUAUUGUUGGGUGUCCAGUUUGUAUACAAAAUACCAAAUAUAAAAGAAAUGCUUUGCAAUUUAACCUGUGCCUAGUUUUUCAAAAAGAUUUCGUCACCUGGACCUAUGAAUCUGUUGUGAAAAAAUUAGCAUCAUACUUAACUCAAUUAGAGUUAGAAAAUGAAUUUUUGUUUAGUGAAGAAAAAAAGAAAGAAAUACCAACACUCUUAAAGAAUCUGAAGGAUCGUUUAAACAGCUAUGGAUAUUGUAACCUUGCUAUGGGUGAUUCCUGUAUCAUUCAUCUUAAGGUAGCUCAAUGUACAUCAGAACCACCAUUCAUAGAAGAUCAUGCUGUCCCAGUGUUAGUACAAAAUAAAGAUAUAACAGAAUAUACAUGGGAUCUAACAACACAGCAGAUUCUUCAUUAUGUAGAUGGCUUCUCGCAUGUAGCUAAAAUAGCUGCAGAGGCUGAUAUAGAAGUAAAUAGAGUAAAGGCAUGUCUACAGAAUUUAAUACAUUAUCAAGUUAUACAAGGCAUCUCUAUAUUUCAAUAUUCUAAUGUUUAUACAGUAACACCAGAACUACAACAAUUAGCUAAUGAUCCAGAUCUACAGGCAGAAUGUAUAUUCUUUAUAGCUAGAAAAGAACAUCGUCCACCUAAUUUUCGAGAUAUAUUCCAGAUGUAUUGUAAUUUAACGGCAGGAACAACUGUAAAAGAUUUAUGUUCUAGAUAUAAUCCACACAGUCUUCAGAUAGACGAACGGAAAUUAAUUCAAUAUGGCCUGAUGAAAGGUUACAUCAGACGCCUUCAUAAAUAUCCAAUCAAAUUACCCACCAGUGUGAUUGAACCUGUGUCAAAAGAUAUACCAUAUCAUUUGUGUGAUGGCUGCCAUAGUUUUGAUGAAAUUUGCUGCAAAAUCAGUAUUAGCAACGAAGCACUGGAUGAAAAAAUUGAAAGUGACCCAAGUAUUGUGAUAUGUUGGAAAUAAGAUGAGCCUUUGUUUGUAUAGCAUUGAUAAUUAAAAGUGUAUGGAUACAUGUCCAUCAAAACUUUUACAAAUUGCAAUAGCAACGCAAGCAGGCCUUUUGCCAGUACCUGGUAGUACAAAAUCAACCAAUGACAUCAUUUCAACCAAAACUUUACAGUAAAUCCUACCACUUUGCAAAAUAUCCAAUCCUUCCUUUGGUAUGAGAUGAGGGGGGUUGGAUGGCCGAAUGGUUAGCACGUGUGUGCUGUAUCAUAAGGUCUGUCAUUGAGUCAACUGGCGUGGUUUCGAAUCCCCGGUUGUACGUGACAAGGAGUAGGGUCGCCUGUCCAACCUUGUGGGUUUUCUCUGGGUCCUCCGGUUUCCUCCCACUGCUAAAGACCCCUACGCGCAAGCGAAUUAUAGAAAUAAAACUGAACCAUGUGUUAGUCCCAAAAUAACCUAGUUUGUGUUGAUUGGAUGUUAAACCCCAUUUCUCUCUCUCUCUACUUUGGUAUGAUAAAGUGAGAACUUACAAAUGGAAAUAAA